AAGGGGCAUCCAGCAUGUUUUUCACAACGCGUCGAAGAAUUUUGGACGGUCUCAACAGGCGCCUUUACUUCAUUGCAUUAUCUUCCUCAUCGAGAUGGUAGCGACCACGCGGCUGGCCGCCAAGUUCAACUCUUACUAUGCCGAAAAGCCGGUGUUGACCACCAUGGUCACCAAUGCGAUCUUGGGCGGGGUCGCAGAUACCGUUGCGCAACUGAUCACAGCCUACAGAGCUCGUCCCGGACGCAGACAUGCCGACGAGGACGAUCUCGUCUCGAUCGAGUUCCACGACCUCGACAAGAAACACAGCCCACCGGCGUUUGGGGAGUUGGGCUAUACGACGCACCCCCCGUUCGAUUUUGAGCGGUUGACCCGGUUCAUGUCGUAUGGUUUCUUCAUGGCGCCUCUCCAAUUCCAGUGGUUUGGCUUCUUGUCCCGGGCGUUCCCUCUCACCAAGGUCAACCCGAGCCUGUCGGCAUUGAAGCGGGUGGCUUGCGAUCAGUUGAUCUUCGCUCCCUUCGGUCUGGGGUGCUUUUUCACCUUCAUGACGGUGGCCGAGGGUGGUGGACGGAGGGCCUUGACUCGCAAGUUUCAGGAUGUCUACCUGCCUACCCUCAAAGCCAAUUUCGUUCUCUGGCCUGCCGUGCAGAUCCUGAAUUUCCGGGUCGUUCCCAUCCAGUUCCAGAUUCCGUUUGUGUCGACCAUCGGUAUCGCGUGGACUGCAUAUCUGUCUUUGACCAACUCCGCCGAGGAGGAAUAAACCACCCCUCAGCGCUUGUGUCCCUAUCACAGUCGUUUUUGGUUGUCUUUCCGGUGGUAGUCCAGGUUAGCGUCUUUCUCCCAUUUCUUCUGGUGGGCUUUGGUGCUUUGUAUCGGCGUCAUAUGGGUUCGGG